AUGGAAAAUUCAAAGAUCGAUGAAAUUAUUCGGAGAGAGCACAUCGCAUUUUACAAAUAUGACAGUUUCGAGAAUUCCGAGGUCAUCAAGCCUAAUGUUUUCAGAGUUACUAUGAAGGAUUCCGAUAAAUUUAUGGUUCUAAAGUCCAUUAACCUUGACGAUGGGUUUACAAUAAAGGAUCUUGUAUAUGAGAUAAAGAAACAUCAGAAGUUGGAAAUCUGUGAAAAUGUCGUGAAAUUUUUUGGAGUCACAAAACAAGUCCUCGAAUAUGCCAAUGAGGGAUCACUUCAACAAUAUUUAAAAGAUAAUGGUGCUAGCAUGAAUUGGGAAGCCAAAUUAAACCUUGCGAGGCAAAUUGCUGGUGCAUUAAAAAUUCUGCAUGAAAACGAUGAUUCAUUUCACUACACGGAUUCUCAAUAUUUAGAAAUUUGUAAUAACAUCUGGCGUCAAAAGGGUUCAGAUGUUUACAAUUUGGGUGUCGUUCUAUGGGAGAUUUCGAAUGACAGCGAGGACACAUAUGAACUUAGAGUUGCACGGAAUUCCUUGAAAGCCACUUUUAAUACGAGUCGUAGGAGCAAACCUCAUGAGUACGUGGAGAUUUACACAGAUUGUUGGCGAAGAUGUGAGAGCGAGCACCCGGGCAUUGAGAAAAUUGUCGAAGAUCUCAACAAGCUUGAUCUUACGGCAUACAUAAACGAGGAUUUUACUCGUCACGAAGAUGUUAUCGUAGAAGGAAGCAAGGGGGCAAAUGAUGUCUUAAGUUCUGAUGG